GUUUUUUCUUCUUUGGCUUUGUCUUGCCAUGCUAAAGUAUCCUCUCUCCUGUCCUUCUUUCUAUCUAAACAAGACAUAAUAGUUCCGUCUCUCUGGACUGAAUUGGAGGGAUAGCUAGAAAACCACUACUAUGACAAGUCUCUGAAUGGGAGAAGGAGGUGGGAGAAAAACGCGGUACGUACCUGCUCUGGCACCUGCCACACCUGGGUACAUAUUUACCUGCCUACACGUAACAACCCGAGUGCCUUACCCUGAGGUGAACAAACGUCACAAGUCGAUGUCGCUACGGGCCGCGCAUGAACGAGACCCUGGACCGUUGCCUAUCGAGGUGUUAUGUCUUCUUUAUUCGUCUAACAUGCACUCCCACGCAAAUCACUUGGUGACAGUCCCAAAUGCAACAGUACAACGUUACAAGUGGAAAGUGUCAAUCUUGACGACCCCAUGGUCACUCGAGAUUGUGCGAUUGGGAGCGAUGCAAUAUCUGUAGAAGGCUGGCGCCCAGAUGUUCUACAUGGCUGGGCUGGAUGGGUAUCGGAGGUAGUAGAACUCUGGUGGCAGGGCACAGACAGACUAGCGCCGACGGGAAGGGAAACAAUGCAGUUCGGGGUUGCAGGGUGCCCCGCAACGAGGUCGAGAAGAUGGAGGCAGGUGGCCAAGUGGCGAUAA